AACAGACAUCAAGAUUAAUAAAUAGAUACUCUGUAUUUAUUUUUAUUGUCAAUUUUUUUUGUAAAGUGUACAGUUAUAUUUUAUGUAAUAUUAAAGAAUUGUAAUUGUUAAAUUUAAUGAAUUAUGAAGCUGCAGUGUAAUGUUAUAAUUACCAAUAGAUUAAUGACAACUGCUCCUAUUACUGGACAAAGAAGAGCUCAAAAAUCUUGCUUGGCCUUUUGUAGAACAUCAAAAACAGAAGAUAAUGUUUAUAUGUUAAUACAAUCACAAACUAAUAAAAUGGGAACCAAGUACAAGAUAAAUAAUAACAUUGAAAAAGUAUUUGUUAAUUUCUUAAAAGAAGGAAAAGCAACUAUAAGGAUAGUUGAACCACCACUUGAUAUUAACAUUAAAGGAGAUCCGUUACAAGUUCAUCUUUUUAUGGAUGUUUUAAAACUUUAUCUGACCAAAAAAAUUACUUCAGAAAAAUUUACAUUAAUUCCUUCCAAUAAAAAAAAUUUGUUAGUUCAAACAAAAACAAAAAUCACUAUAAAAAAAUCAUGCGAAUAUCCUGUUUUGAAGGGAUUUCCAAGAACUACAGAAGAAUUAAAUUUAAUUGGGCUUCAAAGAAAAUCAUUUGAUCGUCAGAUCUUGAAGUUACAAAGUUUAAGGAUUUUGGAUUUAUCAGAAAAUCAAUUAUCUUCUCUUCCAAAAGAAUUAGGAGAUUUACCCAAUUUGCGAGAAUUGAAUCUAUCCAAAAAUCAAUUGGGAAAAUUUCCAAUUACAAAAUGGUCUUGGUUGAAAGGAACUAAAAUCAUGACAAAUUUGUGUUUACUAAAUUUAAGUGGUAAUCAACUAACUGUGAUUCCAGACUCCAUUGGUAAAUUAGGCAGUUUAGUAACAUUACAUCUUGAUAAUAACUGUAUUCGUGCUUUACCUCAAGCAGUAGGAAAACUACAUCGUCUCAGAAUUUUAAAUUUAUCAAAAAAUCAGUUAUCUAUAUUGCCAGGCAAUAUGAAGAACUUAAGUUUAUCAAAACUAGAUAUUUCGUACAAUUGUUUUACAUGUCAUAACAGAGGUUUAUUACACAACUCAUUAGGAGUACAGUCUUUAGUUGAUUUAGCUGGACAAGUGAUAAUUAAAUAUGGGAUUAGUUAUGAUGCUAGUUUAAUCCCUUACACAUUGGUUCCAUAUUUAGAUAAAGCUUAUUAUUGCUUAUGUGGUCAAGCAUGUUUUAGUAGUUACCUUAGGAAAUUUGUAUCAUUAAAUUUAUCUGAUGUUGCAACAAAUAUAACGUUUUCUAAUGAUACUGGAAAUAAUGUAUAUUUUGAUGCAUACAUAUGUUCUGAAAAGUGUUUUAAAAAAUAUAACCGAUUUAUAGUUUAA